UUUCAAGUGUUUGUUUAUUUGCAGGUUAUUAUUCGAGGUGAUGGCUUACAGGGUCAUAAACAACAGAAGGCACGUGGGACUUCAACAACUUUCAUUAUUUGCACAAACAGGAAGAGGUUUCCUAGGUCCAGUAAAAGCCACGAAGUUUAUUACAGACGCAGAGCGUCAUGAGAGUAUGUUAAUCAGCUCAACAGUCAGGCUUCUGGAAGGUUUGGAUCUGACCUGUGCCGUGGGACACCUUCUCAACGAAGCAGUUCAAGCACAGAAUGGCACGUACAGCAUCGGAGCCAGCACUCUCUUGUUUCUUGUUGGCGCAUGGAGCAGUGCUGUUGAAGACUGUCUCCAGCUGGGUAUUCCCACCACAGUGAUAGUGUCAGUAAUGUCAGAAGGCUUGACCUCUUGCAUCGAAGCAGUAGUUCCCCUUCAGGUGCCCAUAUAUGAUGUAUUUGGCCACAUGGACGACACAAGUACAGGUCACAGACUUGAAGCAGUUGAUGUCAGUUUGUGUCCUUUUCUACAAGUCCCUUCAGGUCCUGGGUGGUUACGGGAAAAGCAUGAUUUCGAAGAUGCUACAUCUCAGUCACUGUCCAAUUACAGUCCCUCUGGGAGACAUGCUACCUCACCCAAAUUCUUCACACCUCGGGCAAAGGCCAGAAUAGAAAAAAACACACCCCAACCUCAACCUCAGAAAAACAGUCUAUAUACAGAUUCCUUCUGCAGGAAGUCAGCACUCGCUCACAGUAGGCAUUUUAAUAGGACAGAUAGUAGCCACUGGAUAAGCAGACCUGAUGGGUCUCUAGAACACCGUAGCUCAACUCCCCAGAGUUUGAGAUGUAAUGAUUUGGCGGAGCUGGCAGUUGGCCUGAGCCAUGGAGAUGACAGCAGCAUGACGUUGGCUGAAGCAGCAGUGAGGCUGCAAUGGCAGACUACAUGUCUGCAGCAGGGCGACUGGAUGGCACCGUUUGUGUUUGAUAUUUCAAGAGUCCUCACUUGCUGUCUCCCAGGCUUACCAGAAGCCUUUUCUUGUGUUUGUCUAGGAUAUGUCACUGCUGUACCCAUGUCUAGUAUUAUUCUGAUCAAGGAAUUGCAGGGUCAGCCUUUCCGGGUGAUUCUCAUUGAAGGUGAUCUCACAGAGAGUUACCGCCACCCGGGAUUUAAUAAGUCAGUAAAUGUUAGGACCAAGUUAACUAGUGGGGAGCUUCCAGAAGAUAGUGCAGAAGAACUGUGGGCAAACUGUGUGUUACAGGUGUUGAUCCAGUUCAGGGUGAACCUCAUCUUAGUGCAAGGAAAUGUAUCUGAGCACUUAACUGAAAAGUGCAUGCACAGCAAGCGUCUGCUAAUUGGGUUGGUGAGUGGCAGCGUGCUGCAAGCAUUUGCAGAGGCUACAAGGGCAGUGCCAGUGGCCUAUGUCACACAAGUGACUGAGGACUGUGUGGGCAGUGGGGUGUCUAUGACCCUCUGGACAAGUCCGCAUGAUAUAAACAAGAGCAGCAAAGCGACAGUCUUGCUAACAGCAGAGGGAGUUAACUUGGUUACAGCGGUGCUCACUAGCCCAGUGAGCGCUCAGAUGCAAACCAGGGAAGACAGGUUCUGGUCUUGUGUGUAUCGUUUACAUCAUGCCCUGAAAGAGGAGAAGGUCUUCCUUGGAGGUGGUGCUGUUGAAUUUUUAUGUCUUAGCCAUCUUCAGGUUCUUGCUGAGCAAGCUUUAACUAAAGGACACCAGGCUUGCUUUGGAUGGCUUCCUCAUUCUUCCUCUUGGAUGGCCUCAUCUCUUUCAGUCUACAGACCAACUGUGCUGAAGUGCCUGGCAAGUGGGUGGCAUGAAUUCUUGUCAGCUGUCAUGUGUAACACUGCCACUCACCCAUCAGCAGUGGAAGCCAGCACAUUCAUUCAACACCAUGUACAAAAUGCCACCGACUCUGGCUCUCCUUCAUCGUAUAUCUUGCAUGAAUAUAGUAAACUAAGUAGUGGACUUUUUCAUAUAGAUACUUCAGAUGACCCUGAGCUGGUUCCAAGAGUUUACGACACUGUCACACCAAAGGUUGAAGCAUGGCGCCGAGCAUUGGACUUAGUGCUCUUGGUGCUUCAGAUGGACACUGAGAUCAUUACUGGACUUGCACACACACAGCUGAAGUCACAGGACUUAGAUGGAGUUGUAUUUCUGUAGAGUUAAUGUCUAAAUAUUUGAGAAAUAAGGUAUGUUGUAUUAAUAAACUUUAAGGUAUAUGUGUG